AAAUCACCAUAAUAUGAAAGAUAUAAAAGUAUGAGAUAAGAACGACUUGAAGUCUGUGAAUGGCACACAUUUUAUAGAUUUUGUGGAUGACUUCAAUGUUUACAAUGGUGGCUAGAAUUUUAAUUCUUCUUGUUUUGUUUCACCAUGGUUACUGCCAAAUCCAACCAAAGUCGUGUGCAGACCUGUACAUGAGUAACAUCGUGCGUCAGAGUGGCGAGUACACAAUCUACAACAACAACAACCAACCGUUCCAAGUGUACUGCGAGUUUCAACAUGGCUACGGAUACACGUUUAUCUCCCCGGCAACACGUGUCAACGUUGACAUCGCUAAUCUCGUAACGAACAGAAGUCACGUUCUGGUAAGAGACCGCCGGAAGGACGGGACUCAGUACGAAGCUGAUCUAUCUCAAAUCACGUCGCACAAGAACACGCCUCUUUCUAUACAGUACAACACCUACACCAGCUACCGCGAAAUCCAGAACCCGUCUAUGGGUCCGUAUGUUUACGUGGGGUUCAUCCCUGUAACCGACACGCAUUUACGUGGUACAGAAGGCUACCAGAUGGACGGCCAGGAUCUGACAUUCACCAACUGCGACGGAAACUCUAACAGCUAUUUUGUGUUCCUAUUUAACGCCCAUGGCGCUGCGCCAUCUUCGUACAAUCCAACAUACGCCUUGAUGCAGAAGCAGUGGAUCGAUGGGGCGCGGGCGCUUCCUCGAGGUCGAUACCUCCCCGACGCUUACUUCAGCUUCUUUGAGAUGCACUUUGGCGGCUGCGGUGCGUACGGAACGCCUCAACACCUUCCACAGGUCAGCGGGGCGGCCGUUGGUCUCCGAUACGAUAUAUCCUGCCCAAUGCCAGUUGACGUUACCCACGCUACUAAGAGCGUCUCAUCCACGUUGGUCGGUGGUCACGUGACGUACACUUGCGACCUCGGCUACACGCGCGCGUUUGGUGAUCUCACGCAGACUUGCUCUCCAACUGGACGGUGGACGGGUCUAACACCAAGCUGCCAAAGUUUUCCGUGCUCGAGCCACCCUUGCCAGAACGGCGGUCUCUGUUUUGAGAUUGAAGGAAGCAACUACGUGUGUGAGUGUACGGAAAGUUUCUCCGGAACCCACUGUGAAAAGCCUAAUAUGUAAUCAUAGACCGUCAGUACAUACCCCUGUCUAGAUCUACGCUAGUCAAAGAGUAAAUAAACGUUCGUCACUG